AUGUUCGAAAAAUUAAAAGACGUUUCUCUCCCACAAGGAACAGUUUCUCCUUGGCCAUCAAAUCUUGCCGUAUGCUGGCUAGAUACAAGAAAUAUAACUUAUGUUGCCAUCAUACAAUCAAAUAAUGUGAGUGUCAUUCAUUAGUUAUUAAUCUCCCUUGGAUACUUGGAGUCCAUUUCAUCAUCAUCAGUGAAGGUUUUACAUGAUGCGAACAGAAUCAAUGAAUAUUCUCUGUCAAUCGAAAUUUUAGAAUAGAUACAGAUUGAAUUACAUAACUGUAUUGUCUAUUUUACUGGUCUUUUAUUGUAAAAAUGGUGUAAAGAAUAUUGCAAAACGUGUUUUUCGGCAUUAUCAGGCUUGGAAGAAACAUAAACAGCUUCAGAUACAUAUCGGCAACUGGGACAACAAAAUUGAGUCGGAAGUAAUAUGGGAAACAAUUGUUACUGCCGAGCCAACUGCUAAUGACCGAAUUAUUGACGUGACAACGGUGAACAAAUUCAGCAGAUUUCAUUUUUAACGUUCUGUAAUAUAGGUAGGACUUGUUCACCCCAACGCUAGAAACUUUCCUAUCGUUGUUGUUGGAUCUUCAAGAUUCAUUCAAAUUUAUGAUGUAAGGAAAACGCAACAGAAACCACUUUUUUCUAUAACACUUGGAACUGCGCUCAAAGAUUUCGUACCGACUGUUGGAAUAGAUGUAGGACCAUACUGCAGAGGUGUUUCUUGCAAUGAUAACACAGUCCUCGUUGGUGAGUUUGCGCUACGAUCUUAUUUACUGAGGAUUAUUUAAAGUUUUGAAUGAAGCAUCACGGUCUUUCUUAUACAGUGCGUUGCAAAAUUAUACGGCCACCCCCGUUGUAUUGCCACCUGGCGCUCGAAAAUAUUUCUGAUUCGGCGACUUCAUUAUCGGAUUCAGGGCACACAGUUACGUACAUUCGAAAAUUUUCGUACCGAUACUUCAAAAACUGUUCGGACUGUCUUGAUAAAACUGAAUAUAUUCCUCUUGCAACCUUUGCAAAAUUAUACGGCCACCCCAGCGAAUUAUGCGUUUUCACUGUUUGGACCUUUCAUUAAAAAAUGAGUUUAAUAUUUUAGAAAAGACGUUUUAGAGCUAUUUUGUUAUUAUGACGGUUUACAACUUCUCGUAUGACAUGCCAUGUGGCAUUUUCCUACGGAUGUCGGAAAAAUCUCUACCUCGGCGUUCAAAACGGCUGGAUGGUCGAACCGAGUGAUCAGUUGUCAUCUAAAGUUCUUCAAUUUUAUUUCGUGUCCAGUCCCAGCCUAAAAUAAUAAUUUAGAAAGGCCGGGCCAACGUGGAAACGGGAUGUUUGUGCCAAAAGGUUUCCCAUCACUGCCACCAAAGUCAAAUGACGGCAUCGAUUAAAACCAAAUCAACUACGUAGGGGUGUCAGAUAAUUCUAGCGGACUGUUAAUUACAAGACAAGUUUAUCUGAAUGCCCUUAAAAAAUCUUUGCUGCUCAGAAGAUGCCGGCAUUUAACGAGGUUGCAAGGGGUCUAUUUUCAGUUUUUUAAAGAUUGUUCGAACAGUUUUUCAGUUAUCGUCACCAAAAGCACCAAAUAUAAACCCCAGUGAAAAGUCAGUGAGGAGCUACUAAAGAGACAGCGAUCAUUGAAAACUAAUCGUAGGAUCACUCUCAGAACGGGAAAACCCAAUUCGAAAAACACAACUUUUUCAUUAUUCGUUGGUUUCAGGUACAUACUCCGGAGAAAUAGUUGUGCUGAUGUGCAAUGGGGACUCUAAUUUUACGGAUCGAAAGAAUCUGAAGGUUUUCAAAACGUGAAAACGUGCGCACAUUAAUUUAAACAGUUUUUUCAGGAACACAAAAACGCAAUAACAGAUAUUUCAACUUGCCGGUAUGAUGAAAUCACCGUCAGCGCAGAUUCGCGUGGAGAACUUAUCAUAUGGCAAAAACCAGUGAAAGGAGUUAAUUCAAGGAUAACAACGAAGUAAGAAAAUAACGAUGAAAAAAAAAACAGCACGUGAGAAACUUUUAAAGGCAAAGUAUUAACGUUAUAAACGUUUUGCGGAAACAAAUAAUCGUUGGAACUUUGAGAGGGCUUGUACAGUACUAUUCAAUCACAACCGGCGAUUUGAUGUGCCAGGUAAAAUGACGCUUCAAAUUCAAUAAACUAAAAUUGAAAAAAAACAUUUCUAGGUUAACGCUCAUUCAAGACCUAUCAAUAGUGUUUCUGUCGCUCCUGAAAGCGCGUAUGUGCUGACAUCCUCCGAAGACGGCACGUUCAUCGUAUCUAAACUUCAUACCAGAAAACCACAUGCGUAUCAAGUUUGUCAGGCAACACUUAUGUUUAGAAGUAAUGACUCAUUAAGGUAGAGUGGCGGUAUUCGGAAUGUGACCCCGCUUCACCAAUUGUUGGAGCUCAGUUUACGAAUGGACGUGGAAGUUCUAUAGCAGUCACAACUUAUGAUAGUAACAUAAUGAUGAUGUACAAAAUUGUCAAGAAAACAACAAUAUAG